UUUACUGCUAUCUGGUCCUCAAAAUUUCACUAUCCAAGAAUCAAAAAUAAUUCCCGAUUCUAAUUGUCGGAUUUAGAUUCAUAUUCUAAAGUUUUCCUGAUACAUCACAACGAAAGUUCUAAGCUUUAUUUCUUUUAUUAAAACAAGAGAUCAACAAAAGCAGAGGAAUUUUCAAAAACAGAACAUUGAGAAGAUGGAGAAUUUGCCAAAUCACGAAGAAAACGACGAUGUGGGCUAUCAUCAGUCACCUGGUCCCAUCGAUCCAAAUGAUCAUUCAGCAUCUGAAACUCCGGUUUACUCAACAAUGAGCACAGAUUCUUUUGCUUAUCAUCGAACAUGUUCUGAAACCUCUGGAGGAGGCUUUUCAGACCAAAUAGAUGAAACCAGCAGUUUCUGCACUGAGGCUUCUCCUAGUGAUUGGCCUGUCUUAACCGAAUCCAACAACUCUGCGAGCUCAAAUUUUCCAACUGUCUUCGACUUGAAACAUAAUCAGAUUGAGACUGAUGAGCACCUUGCGGUCCAAGAAAUUUCAGAGCCAGAGCUGGAGACGAUGAAGGAAAGAUUCUCGAAGCUUCUGCUUGGGGAAGAUAUGUCAGGAAGCGGCAAAGGCGUUUGCACCGCAGUGACAAUCUCAAACGCUAUAACCAAUCUUUAUGCUACUGUUUUUGGACAGAAUCUAAGAUUAGAACCAUUGGAGAUAGAGCAGAAGACGACGUGGAAGAGAGAAAUGAAUUGCCUUCUCUCUGUGUGUGACUAUAUUUUCGAGUUUAUCCCAAAGUCACAGAAUCUAAGCAAUGGAGCCACUGUUGAGGUCAUGGAGAGUAGACCAAGAGCAGAUAUCUACAUCAAUCUGCCUGCACUCAGAAAACUAGAUUCCAUGCUUAUGGAGGCAUUGGAUAGUUUUCAAAAGACAGAGUUUUGGUAUGCAGAAGAAGGAAGCUUGUCGAUGAAGUCAACGCGUUCCGCAACUGGAUCAUUCAGGAAAGUGAUUGUGCAGAGGAAAGAAGAGAAAUGGUGGUUACCGAUUCCUCUGGUUCCAUUACAAGGUUUAUCAGAGAAGGCAAGGAAACAACUUAAGAGCAAGCGAGAGAGCACUAAUCAAAUCCAUAAAGCUGCUAUGGCCAUCAAUAGCAGCAUACUCGGUGAAAUGGAUAUUCCUGAUUCUUACAUGGCAACUCUUCCAAAGGUAACCACACUUAAGAUGAUUUUGAAGUUUUGGUUUUCUAUUUUUGGUGUCAUUUUCUUGCUUACAAUAUUAUGCAUUUGCAGAGCGGAAAAGCGAGCACAGGAGAUGCAAUCUAUCGACACAUGACGAGUUCAGGGCGGUUUUCACCAGAAAAACUUCUAGAUCGUCUCAAGAUUGUAUCAGAACAUGAAGCGCUUCAGCUGGCAGAUAGAGUAGAAGCUUCAAUGUACACAUGGAGACGCAAAGCUUGUCUUAACAAUUCCAAGUCUUCAUGGAAUAUGGUGAAAGAUUUAAUGUCAAUUACAGAGAGAAGUGACAAGAACUAUGUUUUGGCUGAGAGAGCAGAGUCUUUGCUCUUCUGUUUGAAACAACGGUACCCAGAAUUGUCUCAGACAUCGUUAGAUAUUUGCAAGAUUCAUUGCAACAAGGAUGUUGGAAAAGCUGUGUUAGAGAGUUAUUCAAGAGUUCUUGAAGGUUUAGCUUUUAACAUAGUUGCUUGGAUUGAUGAUGUUCUUUAUGUAGACAAAACAAUGAGAGGAGAAGAAUGAUGAGUAUAAUUACUUUUAAUUUCUUCUACCUAGUAAGAUUCAAAUUGAAGUAAAAUCAUAUUAAGAAUUGUUUUCCUUAUGUAAGAAAGACGAACGCUGUAUAUAGAUUAUUAGAUACCGGGAAUAAUAUUAGUGGGGAGAAUUUAACAUUUAGUUAUGUUUUAAAACAAGUGUUAAGAGUUAAAUAA